AUGGGAGAUGCAAAAGAAACUCAAAUGCAAAUAACACCAAAGACUCCAGGACGGGCCACUGUCCUAAACCCCUUUGAAAGUCCAAGUGAUUACUAUAGUCUGCAGGAGCAGAUUGUUUCCAGUCCUUCUGUCUUUAAAUCAACAAAAUCCUCAUCAACUCCAGGAAAAUUUAGGUGGUCUAUUGAUCAACUUGCCCUAAUAAAUCCUGUGGAAAUUGACUCUGAAGAUAUUCGGCGUCAGGCAAUGUAUUUAAGUCAUGCCAGAAUAGAUAAAGAGAUGGAAGACAAAAGACAGAAAGCCAUUGAAGAGUUUUUCACCAAAAGUCUUAUCGUUCCCUCUCCUUGGACAGAUCAUGAAGGGAAGCAAGUUUCCCAGUUUCAUUCCACUAAAUGUAUAGAUUUAAAUAACAUUUCACCGAUUGGAAGACAGCUAACUGUGCAACCUGGAAAAAGCAAUGCUGCUUGUCAGACAGUAUUGUCUUUGCCUGUGGAUUUUAACUUAGAAAAAAUAUUAGGUGAAUAUUUUAGAACAGAAGAAUUUGCAGACCAGUCUCAGGAAAGCCUAAGCUCCUCAUCACUGAGAAGAAAGCUGUUUUUAGAUGAGAAUGGAAGUGUAUCUGAGUGUUUGUCUCUUUCUCCACAAAGCCCUUGUAAUAAUCCACCAGCAUCACUUGGAGUGCUGUGUUCAAUAGAUAUUUCUCCAGCCCGGUGCAGAAGCCCUGUGGAAACAUCUAGUUCAGGUCAGUUUUCCUCCAGUCCUAUUCAGGGAGGUACAAGGGCAUACAGUCUGGGAAGCAUUACCAGUCCCACGUUUCCAGAGAGGUCCCCUGCAAAUAUCGCUUCCCCUACUUUUUCUCCAAUUGCUUUUCAGAUAAGAAAGACACCAUUGUCAGAACAAAGGAAGUUGACUUUUCGUUCUCCCGAUGUUCCUUCUGCGCCAGUCUCAAACAGAAUGACACCCCCAAGUACUAGAAGUCCUUAUAUAGAUGGCUGUUCUCCAAUUAAAAAUUGCUCUCCUAUGAGACUUGGAGCAUGCAAAGGGACUGCACAGUAUCAAACUUCCCUCAUUAGGAUACCAUUUACCCUUGAAAAUCACAACGAAGAGGAAGAAGACAAAGAGAAUGCCCUACCUGCAGAAGUUCUGUUACCACAGAUGGACACUGGAGUAAAUUUACAGCAGCAGGAUGGUGAUACUUUUGCACAUGGUACACACUUAGUUGUGGCGACUGUAUCUAUUUCACCAGAUCACUCUGAAGCUUGUGAACAAGGACUGGCAUCGUUGCAGGAUAUGGAAGGUUUAAAAGAAAAUAAUACUGUUGAUAUGGUUGAUUCAGUUGAGGUGUCAGAUGAGAACACUUGGGUUAAGGAAUGUGUUGGUAAUAGCAGUAUGCCAAUGACCAGCUUCAUGACAGGAAUUACUUUCAGUAUUGAAAGCUCUCACAUGUGCAUAUCACCUCUUGCAGAAAGCAGUGUAAUUCCUUGUGACAGCAGUAGUAUUCAGGUGGACAGUGGCUAUAAUACACAGACAUGUGGAAGCAGCAUUAUGGAUACAGUUGGGGCUGAGAACAAUUGCAGAGACAAUAAUGUACAUUCUUAUGAGGCUCAGAACAAAUCUCAGCUUUCCAAAACUAAGGAGUUUCCUGUUUUAAACCGUAAAGACAAUCAGCUGUUGAGAGCAAAGUCUCCAGAGAUUCAACCAUGUUUCCAUAAAGUAAAAACAUACAAUACAUUAUUCAGUCAAAAUGCAACUUGCAACUUUUCUACUUGGAAACAUACCAACGAACAUCAGAUUCAGGGAUUUCACAAAAAUGUAAGGACAAACAGUCCCAAGAUCUUGGAUGGAGAGUCUGCCUGUCAUUCUAUGCAAUAA